GUCUGUCCCACGACCACGAACGCGAACGGAGAGACGGCGCUGCAUAUGGCAGCUGCAAACGGAAAGCUCCAAGUUGUCAAAGCGCUUCUGAGUGUGCCGUUGCCAAUGACCAUCUUUGCCAAGACCACGUCGGGCAAGACGCCGUUGGGGCUCGCGAAGCAAAAUCAACAUGCCACGGCUGCCGAAUGCUUGAAAACGGCCAAGCUCGACGUGAUCAAGCGUUUGUGGGCUGCCGUCAACAAAGGUGACGGCAAUCGAGUGUGCGCGCUCCUGAAACAAGGCGUCCCCGUCAACGUUAGAAACGCGACGGGUCGCACGGCACUGCACGCAGCGGCUGCGGCAAACCAGAAUGCUAUUGCAGAGCUACUUGUAGCUGCCGGCGCUGAAAUCGAUGCCGUCGCAGUGGACGGUCGGACGCCGCUGAUUGUCGCUGUCGAGUCGAAUGGCGUCGACAUCGCGAACCAGCUCUUGCAAGCUCGUGCCAGCGUCCACAUGCGCGUCGGGGCCGACGACAGCGCCGCGGCCUCGUGGCAACCACUGCAUCUCGCGGCCAAGCAAGGUUACGCGAAGAUCGUCGACCUGCUCUUGGCGCACAGCGCCAUUGUCGAUGCGGGGCCCACGACGCCGCUGCAUCUCGCCGUCCAGUACAAGCACGUCGAGGUCGUCAAGCGUUUGCUGAAGGCCAACGCACUGCGCUUCUUCUUAGACGGGUGA